CUUCCCAGGCUCCUCUUCGGGUAAACAAACAGCAAUGGCCGCAGAUGAGGGCGGCGGGGAACAGGAAAACAACAUGGGGAACCGCUUGCAACUCAUACCCGCACAGAGUGAUGAAGAAGAUGAUUAUGUUGAAAUGGAAGCUGAAGAUCAAGACAGUCAGGAGACUGAAAAGCCAAACAUAAUUAAUUUUGAUACUAGUCUGCCAACAUCACACAUGUAUUUAGGAUCCGAUAUGGAAGAGUUUCAUGGGAGGACAGUCCAUGAUGAUGAUAGUUGUCAAACGAUUCCUGUCUUGCCUCAUGUAAUGGUAAUGUUAAUUCCUGGACAAACGCUGCCUCUGCAACUCUUUCGUCCCCAAGAGGUUAGCAUGGUGCGGAACUUAAUACAGAAAGACAGAACUUUUGCUGUUCUUGCAUACAGCAAUAUACUUGAAAGGGAAGCACACUUUGGAACAACAGCUGAAAUUUAUGCCUACCGAGAAGAACAUGAGUUUGGAAUUGAAACAGUCAAACUAAAAGCCAUAGGAAGACAGAGGUUUAAGGUGCUUGAAAUAAGAACCCAAUCAGAUGGGAUCCAGCAGGCAAAAGUACAAAUCCUUCCUGAGCAAGUGCUGCCUUCAACAAUGUCAGCAAUGCAACUGGAGUCUCGCAGCAGAUGCCACAUAUUUCCUUCUUCCAAGCCUGCAGUAUGGCAGGAUCAACAUAUACAUCAAUGGUGGCAGAAAUAUCAAAAGCGCAAGUUUCACUGUGCUAGUCUGACUUCCUGGCCAUCUUGGCUGUAUUCCUUAUAUGAUGCUGAAACCUUGAUGGAACGAGUAAAGCAGCAAUUGCAUGAAUGGGAUGAAAAUCUUAAGGAUGAAUCACUUCCAUCAAAUCCAAUAGACUUUUCAUACAGAGUUGCAGCUUGUCUACCCAUUGAUGAUGCAUUGCGAAUUCAGCUGCUUAAAAUUGGUAGUGCUGUUCAGCGACUGCGAUGUGAACUAGAUAUAAUGAACAAAUGCACAUCUCUCUGUUGUAAGCACUGUCAAGACACAGAGAUAACUACCAAAAAUGAAAUAUUCAGUUUAUCCUUGUGUGGACCUAUGGCUGCAUAUGUGAAUCCUCAUGGAUAUGUGCAUGAGGCCCUUACUGUGUACAAAGCCUGUAACCUGAAUCUGAGAGGCAGAUCAUCCACAGAGCACAGCUGGUUUCCUGGGUAUGCAUGGACUAUAGCCGAAUGUAGGAUUUGUGAAAACCACAUUGGUUGGAAGUUUACUGCAACAAAGAAGGAUAUGUCUCCUCAAAAAUUCUGGGGAUUGACCCGUUCUGCCCUGAUGCCAAGGAUUCCAGAAUCAGAAAAUGAGUCGGAACAAGAAAGAUCACCAUUGCUUUGCCUGUGAUCUUGUAACCUCGUAUGGAUGAACUAGAAGCAGCCGCUGCCCCUCAGACAAAUCUGCUAAAUGCAGCAUCUGAUGUUUGAUUAUAUAAAAAAGAUCCAUAUAUCUGAGCUUCAUGCACAGGAAAAAUAAUGCUGUUUCCAGAGGCAUGGAAAAGUUAAAUUUGGACUUUUGGAAGAAGUAGUACUUUCAUGUGAGGGAGACCAGGAAAACCAGCUGGUUUUCAGGAUAUCUGGCAAGUGAUGGACAGCUCUGAAAUCUAGAACUGCCCUGUAAUGAUGUAAAAAGUUGCAUACUACUGUUGAUGAGAGAGACCUCUUGGGGGAAAAUGUUGAGGAGGAGGAAUUAAGACUCAAUUUGUAUAUAAUGAUGGGCAUAACCUAUUGCCGACUGUUUCAAGAUAUUUGCCUGUAGAGUGUUGUGACUUUAUAAGAGUCCCUGUUUUCUAACUGUAUGAAAUAGCUUACAGGUAUUUGCAUUUGCUUGAACAAGCCUUAAACAAUAAUGAGGCCUAAACCUCCUGUAAUGUGAUGAAGGUAAGAUCAUAGUCACAGGGCUGUUGGCAGAAGCAAGCACUGAAGCCUGCUGCUAAAGGAAAUAUGAUAUGCAAUUCCUUGUAUAGGAUCCCUUAAAAAAUGGGUUUGUCUUUACCGGAUCCUUUUAUCUGAUUUCAUUAAUUGAACAUGUUUUGAUGUAUUUGUUGUUGUUUUUUAACGGAAAAGCUUACAGGAUGAAGUACAUUAUUUUCUUCAUUAAUACCUCCAGUACACUUCAGUCAAUCAUAUAGUUAAAAUGUUUGCACUUAAUCUUAGAAAUCCUCUCAAGCAAGAUUCUGUGGAGCCUCUUGCAGUUCAGCUGCCAUUAACCUCUAUAUUUGGCAUCAGAAGGUAGUAGCCAUCUUACCAGUCUUGGCAUCACAGCCUUUUAAUUUAGGACAAGAAAUUAGAAUUAUUACCUACUCUUUAGAAAAGGAGCAGCUUGCUUUCUAAUGGACCUUGUCUAUGCUAUAAUGGAUGCCCAAACAAGUGGGUAUAGCCUUUUGCUAUAUUGUUUUCCCAGAAUGCACUUUGACAAGCAAAAUUGGCAGGUGGCAGAUUUAUUUUGCAUAUAGAGAUAUUGUCUUCUGGGAGCAUUUCUUUCAUUCAGUUAUAGAGCUCUUAAGUGUGGGUUGUAAUCUUGUAAAGAAAAGAUUGCUAAAAUCUUUCCGUUAUUUCAUUAAUACCCGUGUUGUUGAUCUAGUAAGUGAGAAAUGGCUUUUAAAGAACAAAGCCUUACCUUUAGUGGAAACAUCAUGGCUUCCACCACUCACCAACUGAAAGCUAUUUUAGGCAGUACCUGACAGUAGACAAAAAAAGAUAUUAGGAAUGUUUCAUAUACUAGAUAGCCAGGAAUGAAUAACUCUGUAACUCAGGGUUAGUUCCUCAAAGUCCUCUACCUCUGUGGUAUUAUGUCUCCGUUUGACAUCCCAAUCACACCUUUUCUUAUGCAGCAACAUUGUCUCUCAGAGCUGUGAACAGCAAUAUUAGCUGAAACCUCCUUUUUAAUAGAGAGAAUGUGUUGGUUUUGUUAGAGGGAAGCAUUGUAGCUUUUUGUUCUCCCCAUCCCCCCAGAAUCUUGCAAUAUUAAUGCACUGUUGUACAAGCACAGGGCUAUGAGAGUUGCCUGUACUAAACUGAUUCAGAAUAAUUAGAGAUUCUCCCCCACCCCGAGUUACAUACUGUGUAUAAUAAAAAUAUUGUGGCUCAGUCUUUAAGGGUCUGGGCUCCUGAUGUUUAUGUUACCUUCAGAGGGAUUAGCAAAUAACCAUGGCCUCACAAGGAAAAGGCUUCAUUUGUUUUGUUCCACAAGACAUGACUGCAUGAGAGGUUGAUAUAUGAUGCAAAUAUGAGUUUAAACUUUUGGUAGCUAUAAUACAAUGCUCAUAUGACAGCCACAUGCGUGUUUAAAAUAUUCUCCUUUAUCCUUGCAUGUGAUGAAUGUUCUCUUUUGGCUACUACCAGUUACAGAGCCUAUUCAGGUACCACUUCUGCCCUCUCAUCACCUAAACACUGCAAGAUCAGGAGCAGGUAUCAAGCUUGCACAUAUCCCUUCCUUACCUUAGAAGGUAACAGUUGCACCUGGAGACAAUUGGACCUUGUUUAUUUGUGUGUUUGUGGCUUCUUUACUUCCUCUAUCCCCACUCGUGCCCUAAUAUAUUGAAUCUAGUCUCCUAGCUGGCACCAUACCACAGGAUCAAUAAAUGCUGGAUGCCAUUCAUAGAGGUGAGGUGACAGAAUUAGUGUCAGAUUAGGCCCUUUUGAAUGAGUGUGGCCUUUAAAGCUGGUAUUCUUCAUCAAUACCAGCUAUUUCCUUGCUUUGGCACCUUUCCAGUGAAUUUUGCUUCUGUAACAGCAGUGCUUGCUGAAUUGUUGCAACCACCUUUGGCUAGGUCAAAGGUUAAACUGAAGAGUUGUGUAUGACAACAGCAAAUUUGAAAUAUGCCUGUGUUGGUAUGCUGCAAAUGUGUGUGUAAAGAAAUUUGAAAUGUAUUUAAAUAAUUGGAAAACAAAUAUAAUCAAGUGAGAGGAGCAAAAAGUAAAUGUUACACUAAUUUGAUGUAAUGUUGGCUAUUGUUUCUCCACCUUGUUUAAUGGGUUUGACAUGAUCAGCUUGGUAAAGUUUUUUCCUAACUUUUAAAUUAGUGUGAUUUAAAUAAUUGCAAAGACAGUAUAUCUAGCUGUUGUGCAACUGGCAGUUAAAAGUGCCAUCUGUAAAGGAUUCUUCAUGUAGAGCAUAUGCUUUAUAGCUCUGGUAUAAAAAGAUUAAUGCUUGUGUGUGUUGGCUUGGUUUUUCUGUGCUUGUAUCAUGUGGGUUUCUCUUUCAGCUGCUGGAGGAGAGGGAAACCUUCUAGGCAUUGAGGUGAAUCACAGGUUUAGCUGGAAAAAUGCACAAAGGGAACUCUACUCCCACAGCUAGGUUUUUCUCCCUCUUGUCUUUCCCCUGUGUUCUGCCUCCCCGCACUGCCCCCGAAGCUACUCAGAGAGUCAGUGAGACCCACCAGAGUGCUGCAGGAUGUGCUGUGGGGAGACUCUUGGAAGCCAGGAUCAGCUUGAGCAGAAGUUGCCUUCUGUGCGCAGCAGAAUCUUCGGAUCCAAGCCUUAGUGUUUCCAAACAAUAUUCCUGUAUCUGUCUGGGAAAUAAAUAUUAUAAAUCCUCAAA